AUUCUAGCAGGUGACUGUUUUGCCACUGUACAGCCCUCAGAGAGCCGUCCACUCAGGUAGAGACAUUCCUGCAGCUGAUUCACCAUUUAUACAGAAGACUUUUCAAGAUGUGCAAACAAUAUACCUCAGUCAGCCCCUCUGAUGACACCACAGCCCUAAGUGUAAAGACUGAGAAUGGCCAUAAACACAAGAAGUACCGCUACGUACGCAAAGAGGGCAGCUGCAAUGUCCUGUUCCGCCAUGUCCCUGAGGAGUGGUUGCUCUUUGUGACAGAUAUCUUCACCACCCUGGUGGAGAUCAGGUGGAGGGUCAUGUUCCUGAUCUUUGCCCUUUCUUACAUUCUGUCCUGGCUCUUCUUUGGUAUCCUCUUCUGGGUCAUCGCUCUUGCCAAUGGUGAUGUCAAGGACCCCACAAAUGACCCUUGUGUGUAUGAGGUACGCAGCUUUACGGCUGCCUUCCUCUUCUCACUUGAAACUCAAACUACCAUUGGGUAUGGCUUCAGAGGAAUGUCAGAGAACUGCAUGGUGGCCAUUAUCAUUGUCACUAUACAAGAUGUCAUCAGCUGUUUUAUUGACACCUUUGUCAUUGGAAUAGUUGUUGCCAAAAUGGCCUCGGCCAGAAAGAGGGCGCAGACGGUGGGUUUCAGCAACUGCGCUGUUAUCAACCUUCGUGAUAGUUACCUGUGUCUCUCCUGGCGUGUUGGAGAUUUCCGCAGGCACCACAUGGUGGAGGGAACAGCGCGUGCCCAGAUAGUCCGCUCAACUGUGCACACCACAGGGAAAGUGGAUGUGACCUACAAUGACCUUGUCAUCCAACAGAGUGAAAUCGUCCUGGUCACACCCACCACCAUCGUCCACAAGAUUGAGCCUGGCAGCCCUCUGUUCAAGAUGAGUUUGGAGGACCUGCGGAAAGAGGACUUUGAAUUGGUGGUGUCAUUUACCUACACAGACGAUUCCACAGGCAUCCUGCAUCAGACCCGCACCUCUUACACACCAUCUGAGAUCCUAUGGGGUCAGCUGUUCCAGGAGAUGAUAAGGGUCAGUAGGAGGCACUACAUAGUGGAUUACAGCAUGUUCCAUCAUACCGCCAAGGUCCUGGUGCCAGAGGUCAGUGCUGAGGAGUACGAACGCAAGAAGCAGCUGCGGCCCUCUCCACGACAUACCCCAAGGCAGUCUCCAAGAUCUUCCCCACGGCCCUCUCCGAGGUCUUCACCAAGGCCAAAUCAUCACGAGCAGCAUCUGAAACCCCCAACAGUGACUGUUGAACUUGUUAGUGACAAGUCUCAUGAGGUUGCAGAGAUGUCUGAAACCAUUUCAUCAUCUCAUGCAGGCAAUCAAAAUCAAGAUACCUUGAAGCCCCCAAAUGACCUCACAAGUCUUCAAGAAGAGCCAUAAGGAUAUUCUCAGUGGUCAUUUACAAAUGGGCACUGAGAAUGUGUUCAUUUUCCAUGUCAUCAUGGAAGACACUGUUUUGUUUUUUUUUUGUUUUUUUUUUGACGUCAUUUGUUUAAAGCUUUAGAAAUAUGGGAAGAAUACAAAAUCUUCAAUAAAGAAGGCCAAUUAAAUGAAAUGCAGAUAUUUUUCACUAAGUGAGGUCUUGAUAAGGUUAUUGUAUAGUUAUUCAUUGAAUAUUUUAAGGUUUUAGCUAGUUUUUUGAAAGACAAUAAUUAUAUAGGAUUUUUAUUUUGUUUUUAUAUUCUAUGUACCAGACUAUAUGAGAGUAAGUUUUUUUUUUUUUUUUUUUUGCUGCUCAAUGUAUGUGGCCCACUAGGGAAACAAUAGAACACUAUAAAAUAAGUAGGAGUCAUGGAGGAAACUAAAAUAUUGUCUCUUAUUUUGGGUAAAAUCAUCCUUAGUUAUAAUUAAAAUGUUUUGGCUAUGAAUAGAAGCACAUUACAGUCGCCCUUCUAAUUUUCAUUUAGGAUUUGAGGUGGCUGAAUCAUACUUGCUAAAAAGCAGAGCCAUGCAAUUCCUAUCACACAAACUAAACACAAAAUAAACUUUCUAUUUACUGUGUGAUGAAUCAACUUUAUUGUCAUAGAUAAUAAAAAUAAUGUUUGUAAUAUAAAUGACUCAAAUACUCAAAUAAACUCAAAUAAAAUCAUGUUCAUAUGUCUAGUAUUCAUCUUCAGAUCUUCUAUUAAGUCAAACGAUGGGGAUUGUGCUCACCUUGUCACAGAUGGAUCAUGUUUCUUGUCGAAGAACAAAAGCUGUGACCGGGAAUGUCACUUUGAUGUCAAAUAAACAGACACUGCCUUAGCAUAUGCUACUGUGUUGCUUUGAUUUGCACGUCUGUGUAAUUCCAUUAAAGCCAUGUGAUCUUCUCCUCUAA